GAAGAAAAGGCCCAUACAAAACGCGUUGUGUCUGUCCACUUCUCGUCUUGUGCUGUCAUCCCACGCCACCAAACCCUAGAUCCGCCGCCGCCCAACCGCAGAAAAUGGAGCCGAUCCCUGCGGCGCGGCCCUUUCCUGCCGCCGGGGCCGGGCACCAGGAAUCGCAGCCGGGAGAGCGCAGGGGGCUCUUCUCGUGCUUGUUCAGCGAGUGCGACGAUCCCCCCUUCAACCAUUCCAAUUUGGAAGCCCAUCUUCUGGAGACCAUCCGCGACUUGUACGAGGAGGCGUUCGAGCGGCUGCCCGUCCACGCCAUGCCGGUGGAAGCCGCCGACCAGUUGGCCAUAUCCAUGCGCAAAGGCGGCCUCUGCCUCGGCCUCCUGGACCCCGUCGCCAACAUCAUCCUCAACACCAUCGCCCUCCUCCCGCACGACUUCGGGGAUAUGGCCGACAAGAGGAGAUCCAAGAGGCUGGCUGGCAGACGGGACAGCAGCAGCAGCUGGAACACCAGCUGGGUUGUGCCAUCCUCCGGCGUGGUUACCUGCCGCAGGGUGACCUGGCGCUCUAUUGCUGUGUCUUCCUGCCGGUCUCUCGUCAGAUUCAUGGUUGGCUACUUCGGAUGCCUCAGUGAAGAGCAGGCCACCCGCUACCUCCACUGGGCACACGCCGAUCUCGCCCUCGCCGUCCAGCUGGUCGAGCACGAUCUACGUGCUGCUCACGUUGCACCACCCGACCCUGCCUCCGCAAGGACGCAAGCCGCCUUCAAGUACGCCGCAAUCUGUGGGUGGCACCCUGCGCCUGAUGACCUGCUGCGCCUCCACGCGUCGCCCCUGCCCAAGCAGCGCCUCCGCGACGCCGCCCCCUUCCUCAACAAGGGAGGGCGCAAGCUCACCGUCCAUCAUGUCAUCACCAUCAUGGACUUGCUGCGCUACCAGGAAGGUGCCGCCGUCGACCUUCAGGUCAACUUGCUUCCAAGUGCAAGAGAGCUAGUCGUCUACUGCCGGAACCUCAAGGCUGAUGAAGGGAACCUAGACAUUUCCAACACCACAAGCUCCGAUGACUUUCACAUGGUCACCAUCAAGGUCGAGCGUCAUGGGUACCACUUCGCUGCCCUGCGGUCUCCCGAGGACUACAGAUCCAUGAUGUCAUCCUGUUUGAAGGGGGCCGCCGAAAUGCACCGUGUGGUGAAUAGCUGUUCUAGCGAUGCCUGCGAAUACACCUUGUCCCUCAGGAUGAGGCUCUACGACAUGAUUCACGGCUUCUAUCUCAAAGUCUUCGCCAUGCUGCCCUCUACGUGGCUCGACCUCAUCCCCCACAUCCUAUACGCUGGCCACUGCUAUGGCCCUUUGGACCCUGUCUCCAACAUCAUCACCAAUUCCAUUUUGCACCGCCUAGUGCGCCCAAUCCCAUGGUUAGGCUCCAAAAUCAAAGUGUAUGACAUCCUCGACACCCUCUCUAUGCUUCGUGUGGAGGUCCGUUCCUUGGAAGGCCUCAUUGCCCUCGUCCGAGCAAGCUCCAAGCCCCGUUGCUCGACGCAGCAGGCUAUGGAGCACCUCUCCUGCAAACGCUGUGACCUGUCCCAGGAGUCUCACACCUCGCAGCAGUUUGCUGCCGCUGCCGCAGCUGCUCGACACCCAUAUGAUGUGCUGGGAUCAUCGUUGGCGCCCAGCUUGAUCAUUGACCUGCGGCGCAUGCUGGCCACUAGUGCCAAUGGUAGGAUCUCCUCGGAGUCUCUUGAGCAAAUAAUGUGCAUUCUCAAGGAAACUUGUGCGCCGAUGUGUGGUCCUUUACUUCCCUAUGCGGCCAAACUGUCCAAGGAGGCUAAGGAGACUCUGCUGGAAAAGAGGUCACAUUAUAUGAAGAUGAAGUUAUUCAUUCACGCUGAGCUUGCGCAAGUGCUGAAGAAAUAUGCCUUUGAGCAUCCUCUGGAACCAAAAUAUGUGCCAAGUGUUAUCUGUGGUUUGGUGGCUGCUUCCGAAUCCCUAGACAGGUUUUCCUAUCACGUUAACUUUGUGGCUGCUUCCGAAUCAGGGAUUGCUGAUAACCAACUCUUCUUCGCCGAUAUAAAUGCGCCAUUUUCUCAUCCUUCAAAACCAAGUUUCUGCUGCAGACUACCCCUGACAUCUGCUGGUCGUUGCUACUAUGGAAAGGCGUCCGCGAGGAAGAUUGUGUAUCCCGAUUCAUCAGAACUUCUUGAGUGUGAUUGUGAUAUUACUGACUAUGGAACGCGGCAAACAGAUGGAAUGCUGGAGCCAGAUUUCGUCUUGGAGUAUAGGAGAGACGCGGGGUUUGCAGAGGAUCUGAGGAAGUACUGUGAAGAACAAAAGAAGCGUGAUGAGUAUUAAUUCCAACGGCUGGAGGAACUAGUAUUAAUUAGAGCGUCCCUCUUCCCCUCUCCUUCUGCGUAGAGCGCAUCACCCUCCGCCGUAGCGCGUGGACGUCGCCAGAUCGGCUCGUCGCAGCAGUAGCCGAGCAGCAGUAGCAGCAGCCGCGCAGCGCAGCAGCAACAGCACCCGCAGCCGUUCUUUGCCUCCGCAGGUCGCCGUGGGACUCGCCGGCGUCGUCCCCUGCUUCGGUCGCCGGUGCAGGCUAAGUGUCUGGGUCCAUGCAUGAUUGCGUAUACUUAAUGUAUCCUUUUCUCGUUAUUACAGCAGGGACCCAACAAUGCUACCGAUUGCUCCUGCUCCUGCCCCAGCCCCAGCCACAGCCCCAACAGAAGAUGAACUCAACGAGCGCGCACGACUAGUAGUGGAGAAACUCAGUUCUGAUCCCUGGAUUUGUCCGGUUUGUCAACAUGUAAACAAGCCCAUAGACAACCUACUCUUCAAGAUUCCAGCUUUCAAGUGUACUAAUCCCACGAGAAACUGCAAUGCCAAGUGCCCUGGGACAGUUGCAUGGAGCAUUAGUGACUGCAUACUCAAUACUGCGAGGACCCAUUUUCCGAUUAGGAAUCAAGGCAAACACCCGACCUGCACAGCACAUGCAAUCUUGGCCGGCAUGGAUGCUGCGCUUAGAAUCGAAGGGGCCCUCCGCGGCAAGCACGUGUGUCAGCCACUCAAUGAUGUCGACCUAUUACGAAAGUACUGCCUCUCUAUUCCCGACGGUCUUGGGCAUGAAGCAGAACAGAGAAUGAAGGGACCCAGAUUUAUUAACUUGCUGUGGAUUGCCCAGGCAAUGGGGGUUGAGUUUGUGUCUCCGCCUGGAAAACGAGCAAGAAGAGUGCUUAAAUUGGAAUAUUGGUUUCAACUGAGGAUUCGUACUACUAGUGUCGACUACCUCAUACGGCUGAUUGCUAAUGGCUUCCCGUUAAUAGCCACCAUGGAGACCGGUCGCUGCUUCCGUAUGGUAACUGAAGGAGAGUUGUACAGGGGGCCUAAUAUAGCCAAAAAUCAUGCUGUGUUGCUGCACGGAACCGUAGUACGACAAAUGCUGCUCCCAAAUGAAACAACCGGGCAGAAUGAGUUGGUUCAGAAGGUUCUUUUUAAGGCAAGGAACUCACAUGGGGACAAGGCACACAGUUCUGGUGCAAAAGCAGGUUUAGGUGGAGACGUAUACAUAUUGGUAGAGGAUUUAGGUCCAGUCGUGUACGGAUUUCGUAUUGAGGUCCCGACGUGGAUGGUUGCUGCGUGAGUCGCACUGUCAUCAACUACGGACCUACGUCGACAAAAGGUGAUCAUGCUAUCUUCUAGUCGCAGGUUAUCUUACAUGCGUUGCGUCGGGGUUCGCUCACUGUUGACCCUUGUAUCGAACUCAUUUUACCGUUCUUAGAACUUGUAAAAGCCUCAGUUUGAGGCUGGGUGUGACCCCCGUUUGUAGUGAAACAUUAUGGUGGAAUUCUAAUCUCCAAGAGAUCCUUAGUCUAGCCUCUAAGAUGAGCUCACAUAUUGAUUGAUGAUCCCGUUUUCCUGAUCAUGAGCAUUUUUAGUGUAACAAGGAUGCUAUCAAUAUAUGAGAACACCAAUUUAUGAAUUA